CGGCGCGAGCUUAUUUACGAGAACGAAUUGUCUCGGAAGCUCAAACAGGCGGUGGCACAGCAGCACUGGUCUUAGGUUUGAGAUGUUGAGUUUGUUCCAACGAGCACCUUGGCUUUUCUGUCUUUCAUUCAAGUCAUGAUUGCUAUGGUAUCUCCGAACGCACAUGUCACAUAUCCUUCACACCAACAACUCCGCGGUGUACACAUUCGAAAAUGGCCCUUCCUCCCGCUCGCCAACCCGGGCCGCCAUGCACGACGUGGCCGAGUUUGGUGUGGAUGAGUUUGACUCGCUUUCUGCUGGCAGGGGCGUUGAUGUCCUCGAUGGUUGUCGGGCAAAAUGACGACCCGAACCAUGGAGUGGUCUUCAUCUAUCCUAUCAGCGGCCAGGUAUACAACAAAAUGGACACAGUCAACGUGACCUAUACCUCACCAUUUCCAACACCGAACCUCUAUCUAUGGUGUGACUCGGGCAGUCGUAAUCUCUUGACACAAGCCGCUCCCGGGUACAAUGCCACAGUUCCCGUCACACUGAGCUUUACUUCCGCCACCCCUUGUUGGUUCAACCUGCGGCCAGGUACCGUGGCUGGCUUUGGAGCAAAUAGCCGGCAUUUCGAUCUCAUUGACGAGGAACGAGGAUCCGGGAGUAGGGUAUUUGGCCCGGCGACACCGACCACCCAGUUGUCCACAACAUCGACCCCCGAAGGGAGCAGCUCGUCAACCAAAACACAUGUGCCCGCAAACACAAGUGGCAUGCCUCCAGCUGCAAGUUCAAUGCCAUCCGACUCCACCACCGGAAGAAGUGGAUUAGGCAUAGAAGCCGCGGCAGGCAUAGGGGCUGGAGUUGGGGUCGGAAUUCUGGCCGUGUGUGGAGUCCUCGUUUGGAUUUGGAGACAGAGGAGACGGGGCGUGGCAGACGGCGAUCAGGAGCACCAGCAAGCGAGGUCAUGGCAUGGCAGCGAGGAACGGCUAGAGAAGCAAGAACCGAGCGUUUUGACCCAGCCGGUUUAUCCCCGUCGAGACGCGCACCGGUACAAACCCAACCCAAAAUUCAUAGCCGAGUUGAGCUCAGCUCACCACACCCCACCUGAGAUCGGAUCGUCUCAAAUUUUAGACCCAAGGCACCCACUAGGGGCACCCGGCCGAUGAAGAACCGGGUGAGCGCGGGACGCAAACAUAUGUAUUACUGUGUAAACAUAGGGAGGGAGAAUGUAAAUAUAUCAAAUAACAUUUUAAUAAUAUCCGAACUAGGACAGCUGAUU